UUCAAGGCAAGACUUGUAGCGCGGGGGGACAUGCAGAGGGCUUCGAUUGAUUUUGGAGAAUUGUUUGCACCCACCGUAUCAGUGUCUAGUGUGCGCUUGUUGGCAGCAUUAGCGUGUGAGCAGAAUCUUGACUUGUGCCAUUUCGACAUUCAGCAGGCUUUUGUGCAGUCUGAGCUUGAUGAGGAUGUUUUCAUGCGCUUACCGCAGGGGUGUGGUAGGUUAUCUGGCUUGAUCGUGAAGCUAUGCAAGAGUCUGUAUGGUUUGAAGCAGGCAUCACGACAUUGGCAUUCGCACCUGACGAGGUGUUUGUUACUUUUAGGUUUUUUGCAGUGUCUGGCAGAUGCGUGUGUUUUUCGAUUGAUGGAGGAGGGACAUGUGAUCAUGAUCAUCGUGGCCCACGUGGAUGACAUUCUUUCUGUAGGGCAGAAGACGAGGUGUGACAAGUUUGGCAGGGAUCUCAACGAGAUGGUCCCCGUGAAGAACCUUGGAGAGUUGAGGUGGUACUCUGCGUGCUUUUACGAGAGAGACGUAGAGAGAGGGCUGUUGAGGAUUUCGCAGCAGAGGUUUGCCGAAGAGUUGGCUGCAGAGUACGGAAUUGAGUGGGGGAGGAGUGUGCCCUUGCCUGUGAGCGUGAAGCUCACCGACUUNCUAGAGAGAGGCCUUUUGAGGAUCUCGCAGCAAAGGUUUGCCGAAGAGCUGGCUGCAGAGUAUGGCGUUGAGUGGGGGCAGAGUGUGCCUCUGCCUGUUAGCGUAAAGCUCUCUGACUGUGACGUGAAUGAAGCGAGUGCUGAUGUCCCUUUUCGCGAGUUGGUGGGAUCUCUGAUGUGGUUGGCCACUCAAACAAGGCCGGACAUCGCGAACGCAGUACGAGCAGUAGCGCGGUAUUGUGCAUCUCCCAAGAUGGUGCACUGGAAGGCAGCACUCGGUAUUUUAGGGUACGUACGGAGGACGAGUUGGAUGGGGAUUACAUUUGAGAGGGGAGUGGUGACUGGGAUGAGCAUGCAGGUGUUUGUGGAUGCCGACUAUGCAAGCAAGGCGGCAGACCNCGUCUCCCAAGAUGGUGCACUGGAAGACUGCACUCGGUAUUUUAGGGUGUUUGUGGAUGCCGACUAUGCAAGCAAGGCGACAGACCGUAGAUCGNUUGCGUUGCACCGUGACUUUGUGAUGAACUUGCAGUGA